AUGGUGCAAGCACAGUUUGGCAAGAAGGUCAAGCUCGUCCGACACGACGGAGCCCGCGAGUUCGCAACCAACUCGCUUCAAGAAUUCUACGAAGAAGCAUCCAAAGCGUAUCGCGUUUAUGACAUCGAGGCGGGGCAGGUGGUCAUCAGUCGCGAUGUCAACUUUGACGAGUCCGCCUUUGGACUUUCGCCGCCAACCACCACUGAAGACGCCAAUGACAUUGACUUCGACUCCCUCGAUCUGGAUGAUGAAGCGCCAGGUCAAGCGCAGUACAAGCAAACAGGCAAGCGCAAGGGUCGUCCCCAUGAUGAAGGAGUACCAGCUCCACCCACGCGCACAGUGCGUCAACGACCUGGACUAGAAGAAUCAAGUGCGCCAGACAAUCACACGACCCAACAAGAAGAAGAUGAAGAAACAAAGAAUGCUGAUGCAUCGACUCCGCCUGUGUUUUGGCGUGCGAGUGCGAACGCCAUCGAAACAGCAGUGGACUUAUCCGAGCCGUCGACUUUUGAAGCUGCGGUGAGCGGUCCUGAUCAAGUGCAUUGGCGCGAAGCUAUCCGUGCGGAACUUGAGUCGAUGCGACUUCGUGAAGUGUUCCGCGCAGCCAAGCUACCCAAAGGACAUCGCGCCAUUGACACGAAGUGGGUCUUCAAGAUCAAGCGCAAAGCAGACGGAUCAAUUGACAAGUACAAGGCGCUCGCCAAGUAUUUCGGAUGGACCAUCGACCAACUCGACGUGGUGGCGGCAUUCCUGUAUGGUGUAAUGAAGGAACAAGUGUUCUGCGUCAUCCCUGAAGGCGUGGAAUUGGAGGGCUCCUUCGAUUGUCUGGAGUUGGUGAAGGCAUUCUACGGACUAAAACAAGCGUCGCGCGUAUGGAACGAAACGUUUGACAAGUUCGUGUGUGCUAUUGGAUUCCAAGCGUCAAGCCUCGACCCGUGUCUCUACAUAAGGAUCCUCAUGCCAGCUAAUUGCACGCACCAAGACCGACCUGAAGACACGAUUCGGAUGACUGACAGCGGCAAGUGUGCAUUUGUGCUUGGAAUCGAGCUUUUGGACGGCGCAGAUGGAAGUGUGACACUAUUCCAGCGUCGGUAUGUAGAUGACAUACUCAAGCGCUUUGACAUGGAUGAUUGCAAGGCCGUCGCAAGUCCAGUCGACAUGAGCUCUCGACUUGUUUCAAGCGAUGCAGCCACCAAGGUCGGUGCUCCUUUUUGCAAAGCUGUUGGUGCGUUGAUGCACCUGACCACUGCAACGCGCCCGAAUAUUGCGUUCGCCGUGGGCUAUGUGUCGCGAUUCAUAGAACCCCCAAGAAGAACACUAAGUUGCAGUUAA